CCAGUUUUCCUUUUUACGUUUUUAAGUUUGUGAUAAUAUUGGUCUGUUUUGAUUGAAAUGAAUUGGGUUUUUUGUUUUCGUUUUUGCGUUAAGGGAUUAUGUUGCUGUAUGUAAAUGGUUUAUUUAUUUAUUGAAUUGAUGGUGUGUUUCUGUGUGUGGUUUUGGGUUGAAAAUGAUUUGAUGCUCCAGUUGAUUUGUCACAUUAUCUUUUGGAUUUAAUUUGGUACAGUUGUUCAUCUGUUUGUGGUAAUUUAUGGUUUUGGUUUUAAUAGAGGGACUGAAAACGGAAUGCAAGCCGCUAAGAUUUCUAGUUGAGAUUGGUGUAUAAAAAUGUAGAGAUUGAGUCAAAGUAUGACGAUUUCUAUUUAUGACUUCUACCCAUUUAGGAUAAAAAUGAAGAGAUCGAGUCAAAAUAUGGAUAGUUGCUUACGCUAUCAUGUAAUGGUCCGGAACUCUAGAUUAAGAAAGGACCUUUGAUUAAGUCUAUUUGUCUCAAGAUAAGCUUAUACGUUUCUUUAUAUAUCCUACUCAAUGUAAAUUGCUAUUAGCUCGAGGCUUUUACAAGUUAGUUGAAAGGCUGCAGCUCUCACAGCCUCAAGGCUAAAUACUAGACCGUCUACAGGCAAGGGGGCUUCUGUUUUUAUCCAAAGGGCCAUGGCAGAGGUUGCCUUAGAAGUUCUUUUUCUUAUUUUCAAUGAAGCAGAGGAUUUUUUUCCCCGAAAGCAAUCCAGUGAUUCAACAAAAGAGAAUAAUAACCAAGGGACGUUGAAACAGAUCCAACACCUGUAGAUACAAGUCUGAAAGCAGAGCAGUAGGAACAAUCUCCAAUGGAUGUGGAAACAAAUCCAUUGCCUAUAGAAACAAAUCAGAAAACAAACCAGGAACAAUCUCCAAGGGACAUUGAAACAUGUCCAACACCUGUAGAUACAACUCCGGAAGCAGACCAGAGUUGUGACAUGUUCUAUCAUUGCUUCAAAUGGGAACAAUCUCCAAUGGUAAUGGAAACAAGUCCGAUGCCUAUAGAAACAAAUCAGAAAACGAACCAGGAACAAUCUCUAAGCGACUUUGAAACUGGUCCAAUGCCUGUAGUUACAAGUCUGAAAACAGACCAGGAACAAUAUCAAAGGGAUAUGGAAACAGGUCCAACACCUGAAGAAACAAAUCUGAAAGCAGACCAGGAACAGUCUCCGAGAGAUAUGGAGUCUCCGAGGGAUAUGGAAACAACUCUGAAAACAGACAAGGACUGUGAACCCUGCGCUAUUCUUGGAUGCGUGAAGGCCUUUAUGCAAUUUCAGCCAAAAUCACUCAUCAGUGUGUCACAGAAGUCAUCCUUCUCUAUUAGGGUUUUCAAUCUUUCUGCUUCAUCCAAAGCGGAAAUUGAGUAAUUUUCUAUGUUGCUUCCAUCGAAUCUUAUGACUGUAAUCUGAAAUGAUGGAGGUCCUUUUCAUAAUAAAUUUCAGCCAUAUAUACGUUUACUUGCACUUAAAAUGUACUAUGGUUUAAAACAAAUUUUGAAGAUACAAAGCGAUCAUAGAUC